AUGGCGCCAAUUAAGCGCAAGGGGAAUGCCCCUGAAGAAAACAACCAAAAACGUGCUAAGGUUGGAGCGGAGGAGGCCAAGAAAGAUCACAAAAAGUCAAACGAUGCCACACCCACCGCCGCCAAAGCUUCAGAGCUUUCAGUGCUGCGCGACGACGAACCCUCGUUCCCUCGUGGUGGUGCCAGCGUUCUGACACCAUUGGAGCGCAAGCAAAUUCAGAUCCAGGCCAACAGAGAUGUUUUGUUCGAACAGAAGGGAACUCAGAAGCCUUCUGGGAAGAAGCCUUCCAACGAGUUCGACGACGAAAGCGACAACGAUGUUGAGAUGGAAGAGGAACAGGCUGCUGCGCCUGCCAAGAAGUCACGCAAGAAGAAGACAAAGGGCAAGAAGACGACAGACAAGGAUUCUGACGACAAGUCAGAUGUUCGCAUUGAAGGUCUUAGUUUUAAGCGCAUUGCUCCCGGUGCCAUGAUUCUUGGACAAGUCUCAAGCAUUAACGCCCACGACAUCGCUCUUUCGCUGCCCAACAACCUUGUUGGAUACGUCCCUCUCACCUCCGUCUCCAAGGGACUCGAAGACAGAAUCGAGAAAAUGUUGAACGAUGAGGCUGAAGAUGACGAUGCCGACGACAGCUCAGAUGAUGAGUCCUUCGAUCUGAAGGAGCACUUCUAUUUGGGUCAAUACCUGCGGGCAAUCGUUGUGUCUACCGGCAUCAACGCUGCUGAUCCUAAGGCCAAGAGCAAGAAACGCAUUGAGCUUUCAAUUGACCCCAGACAAACAAAUACCGGAUUCUCCAAGUCCGACCUUGUUGCGAAUUCCGCUGUUCAGGCGUCUGUUGUGAGUGUGGAAGAUCACGGUGUGGUCAUGGACCUUGGCAUUGAGGGCUCAGACAUGAAGGGUUUCAUGUCCUCGAAGGAAAUUGACCCUCGUGUUGAGUAUUCGAGUAUCAAGGAGGGAUCCGUCUUCCUCUGCAUGGUUACUGGUCAAAACGCCAGUGGUAAUGUCAUUAAAUUGUCCUCCAACUACCAAACUUCCGCCUCGAUCAAGAAGUCCAACUACCUCAGCUCGGCGCCUACAAUCAACACUUUCCUCCCCGGUACCGCCGCAGAAAUUCUUCUCACAGAAGUCACAGCAAACGGCAUGAUUGGAAAGAUCAUGGGAAUGCUCGACGCAACCGUUGAUUUGGUCCAGUCUAGUAUCAAUGGCAAGGUUGAUUUGGAAAGAAAAUACAAAAUUGGCGCUAAGAUCAAGGCCCGUAUUAUUGCGACUUUCCCAUCUGCUGAGCCGUUCAAGGUCAGCUUCUCUUUGCUCGACCAUGUCCUCAAACUCUCUUCCGACUCUCGUGGUCCUGGUUCAUCGGAUGAUGCUCCUGCCAUUUCUGCAAUCAUCCCUGAGACCACCGUCGUGAAGGUUGACCAUGGCCUGGGUGUAUAUGCCCGCAUUGGAGAGACAAAACACAUGGGUUUCGUUCACAUGUCGAGGCUCUCUGACGGCAAAGUAGAAACAGUUGAGGAAGAUGCGGGUGCUUUCAAGCUCGAGGCUGUGCACGAGGCAAGAGUCAUUGGGUACAACUCAAUGGACAACCUCUACCUUCUUUCAUUUGAGAAGAGUGUCAUUGAGCAGCCUUUCCUUCGUGUCGAAGAUGUAAACGUCGGGGCUAUUGUUAAAGGAAAGGUGGAGAAGCUUCUCAUUGGCCCCACUGGCAUGGAUGGAUUGAUCGUCAACCUGGCUGAUGGAAUUACCGGCCUUGUUCCGUCUAUGCACUUUGCGGACACUCAACUUCAAUUCCCCGAGAAGAAGUUCCGCGAGGGCCAGAAGCUUUCGCUUAGAAUUCUUUCCGUGAAUUUGGAGAAACGCCAGAUCCGUUUGACGCUCAAGAAGAGCUUGCUCAACAACGAGUCCACUAUCUGGAAGGACUACGCAGACAUUGCGCCUUCGGCUCAGUCUCCUGGUACCAUUGUUAACCUCCAGAGCCAUGGUGCUGUUGUGCAAUUCUACGGCGAUGUCCGUGGUUUCCUUCCUGUGUCUGAGAUGAGUGAAGCCUACAUUCAGGAUCCAGCCCAGCAUUUCAGACUAGGCCAGGUCGUCAAUGUCCAUGCCUUGAGCGUGGACGCAUCUCUCGGAAGACUUGCUGUUUCUUGCAAGGAUCCCUCCACAUUUACCGAAAAGUACCGUGAGGCCUUCGAAAACCUCCAUCCCGGUCAUCUUGUUGCUGGAACCGUCUUCGAGAAGUCCAAUGAUGACGUGCUUCUCAAGCUCGAAGAUUCAGGCCUUGUGGCCCGUCUUGACUCCAAGCACAUCAUUGACGGCCCUCCAUCCAAGCAAAGCUCGAUGAUGUCUAAGCUCCGCGUGGGACAGAAGCUGAACGACCUCUUGGUUCUCGACAUUCAGCGCGCUCACCGUCUCAUCAAGGUUUCUAGCCGAGCCAGCUUGAAGAAGGCUGCCAAGCAGAAGAACAUGCCUGGCCAGUUUGAUCAAGUCCAAGAGGGCUCUCUUGUCACUGGUUUCAUCCGCAACAUCACCCCCGACGGUAUCUUCGUUGAGUUCCUAGGUGGUCUGACUGGCCUGCUCCCCAAGCGUCUGAUUGAAGACGCCAAUCUCGAGCAGCCUCAUUACGGUAUGUCGAAGUCGCAGACUAUUGUUGUCCAUGUGCAGUCGGUGGAUUCGGACUUCAAGCGCUUCAUCCUGAGUAUGAAGCCCGUCCAGCCCAACCAGGCCGCUCCUAAGAAGGAGGCCAAGCAGACUGAUGAGACUGUCGCCAACGCCGUCGACAGCAACAUCAAGAGCAUGUCCGACUUCACCUUCGGCAGGAUCGUUGAGUGCAAGGUGGUCUCUAUCAAGGCAACUCAGCUUAACGUCCAGCUCGCAGAUAACGUCCAAGGUCGCAUUGAUGUAUCCGAAGUUUUCGACGACUGGAAGGAUAUCAAGGACCGCAAGCAGCCCUUGCGAUUCUUCAAGGCCAAGCAGAAUAUUUCCGCCAGAAUUCUUGGUGUCCACGACGCCCGCAACCACAAAUUCCUUCCUAUCAGCCACCGCGCUGGAAAACACCCCGUAUAUGAGCUUUCCCUCAAGCCUAGCUACUUGAAGGCUGCCGAUCCUGCUCCUCUGAACAUGGAGCAAGUCAAGGUUGGAUCUUCUUGGAUGGGCUUUGUCAACAACAUCGCCGAUGACUGCCUUUGGGUCAACCUUUCUCCCAAUGUUCGCGGAAGACUCCGCUUCAUGGACGCAUCUGAUGAUCUGUCCCAAUUGACUGACGUGGAGAAGAACUUCCCCAUUGGCUCUGCUCUGAAGGUUCAGGUCACCGCUGUCAACGCCGAGAAGGGCCACCUCAACCUUACUGCCAAGCAAGGCUACGACAAGCUCGCUUUCGGGGAUAUCACUGUUGGCAUGAUCCUGCCUGGCCGCGUCACCAAGGUCACUGAAAAGCAGGUGAUCAUGCAGCUCGGUGAGGCCCUUGUUGGUGUGGUCAACCUGAUCGAUCUCGCGGAUGACUACUCCAAGGCCAAUCCUACCGUGCACAACAAGAACGAAGUUCUUCGAGCUUGUGUCAUUGCCGUUGACAAGUCUAACAAAAAAAUCUCGUUGUCUUUGCGCCCAUCCAAGGUUCUCAGCUCUUCGCUGCCUGUCCAGGACCGUGAGAUCUCUUCGCUCAAAGAAGUUAAGCAGAACGACGUCAUUCGCGGCUUUGUCCGCCGCGUUACCGAUGCUGGUCUUUUUGUCGCAGUCAGCCACGAUAUCACUGCCUACGUGCGUGUGUCUGAUCUUUCCGAUUCUUACCUCAAGGAAUGGAAGGAAUCCUUCCAGCAAGAUCAGCUGGUUAAGGGUAAGGUCACUUUCGUUGACGCCGAGCAAGGCAAGCUUCAGUUGAGCUUGAAGGAGUCUGUUCUUGAUCCCAACUUCAAGGCUCUCCUCACCCUCAAGGACUUCAAGGUUGGACAGAUUGUCACCGGAAAGAUUCGCAAGGUUGAGGAGUUCGGUGCUUUCAUCGUCGUUGAUGGAUCCUCGAACAUCAGUGGUCUUUGCCACCGCAGUGAGAUGGCCGACAAGCGUGUUGAAGACGCCCGCACCUUGUACGACGAAGGCGAUGCUGUCAAGGCCAAGAUCAUCAAAAUUGAUCAAGCUGCUAAGAAGAUCUCUUUCUCGCUCAAGGCUUCUCACUUCCAAAAUGAGGAGGGAGACGAGAGCGAGGAUGAAGAUGCUAUGAGCGUUGAUGGUCUGGGUGGUGUCGAACUCGACGAGAACGACAGCGAAAACGACGACGAUGAUGACGAGUCCAUGGGAGGUGUUGAUGUGGAUGAUGACAGUGAGGAAGAGGAAGACUCCGAGGAUGAGGAUGAGGAUGGAGAUGUUCCUAUGCAGAAGCCCAGCAAGGCCGGUGGUCUUGGUGCCAGUGGCUUUGACUGGAGCGGCAAUGCCAAGAACGAGGCUGCCGCCUCCGACAGUGAUGCCGAGGACUCGAAGACAAAGAAGAAGAAGAACCGCAAGCCUGAGAUCCAGGUUGAUCGGACCGGUGAUCUGGAUGCCAACGGCCCCCAGUCCGUUGCCGACUUCGAACGUCUUCUUCUGGGUGAGCCUGACUCCUCACUCCUGUGGCUGCAGUACAUGGCCUUCCAGCUGGAGCUCGGUGAGAUUGAGAAGGCCCGUUCCGUUGCUGAACGUGCUCUCCGCACCAUCACCAUGGGCCAGGAUUCCGAAAAGCUUAACAUCUGGAUUGCCCAGCUCAACAUGGAGAAUACCUAUGGUGAUGACGACAGUCUCGAGGAGGUCUUCAAGCGUGCUUGCCAGUACAACGAUCCCCAAGAGAUCUACGAGCGCAUGAUCAGCAUCUACAUCCAGUCCGGAAAGAACCAGAAAGCAACCCUGAAGAAAAAGAUCUCUUCCCAGUCCCCUAAGUUCUUCUACAAUUACGCCAGCUUCCUCUUCGACACCAUGGCCUCUCCCGAUCGCGCCCGCGCUCUGCUCCCACGUGCUCUGCAGUCCCUCCCGGCCCACACCCACGUCGAGACAACCUCCAAGUUCGCACAGCUAGAGUUCCGCUCCGAGAAUGGCGACAUCGAGCGCGGUCGCACCGUGUUCGAGGGUCUGCUUUCGUCCUUCCCCAAGCGUAUUGACUUGUGGAACGUACUCCUCGACCUGGAAAUCAAGGUCGGCGAUGCGGAGCAGGUGCGCCGCCUCUUCGAGCGGGUCCUUGGCCUGAAGAGCGGCAAGAAGGGCGCUGUUUCCAUCGACACUAGCAAGAAGCUUAAGCCUAAGCAGGCCCGCUUCCUGUUCAAGAAGUGGCUUGAAUUUGAGGAGAAGCUUGCUGCUGAUAACGGUGAUGAGAAGAUGGUUGAGGAGGUCAAGGCUCGGGCUGUGACCUAUGUCAAGUCUCUUCAGGAGGAAGACUCAAUAGACACCGCAGACCCGAAUAAAAUAAAUGCACAGAGAGACUCUGUUCGUGAAGUGGGGCGUCCGGCCCGCUCCUGGCGUCAAGUGUUGACGGCUUUAUCUCCCUGGUCUUCAGCAUCUUCCGAAGACGCCUUGUCUUUACUGUCAGACCAACCCCUGCGUAAGAACCGGUCUUGUCGCUCGCGGUAUUUUCGAGGUCUGCGGCGAGUUUUUAUUGGAAUCUUGAUCAUGCUAGGCACCAUCCAAUUCAUCUCCAUCGCCUGUGGUAUCGUGCUAUCUUUCUUCCCGGACGAAUAUGACCGCGCCUCUCAAAACUGGCUGCCGAGCGCGAGCAGUGCCAGCACUGCCGAUAAGAAGCACUGGCCUACUGAUAUCUCGCGCGAUAUCAUCCCCGUCGGCUGUCACUCCCACAACGACUACUGGCGCCGAGUCCCUCUAUAUUCAGCACUGCAAGCAGGAUGUGUAGGCGUUGAAGCCGAUGUUUGGCUCUUCGACGACGAGCUUUAUGUCGGUCACACUACAUCGUCACUUACUUCGCGCCGUACCCUCCGGUCGAUGUAUGUCGAUCCCCUCAUAGCUAUCCUCGAGCGCCAGAAUCCGACAACUGAAUUCCACCCAAGGAGUGACAAGCCCGCGCACGGCGUUUUUGACACAGACCCUGAUCAAUCGCUGUUGUUUCUGAUUGAUUUCAAGACCGCCGGCCCAGAGACUUGGCAUGCCGUGACAAAGCAUCUAGCUCCGCUUCGUGACCGCGGCUAUCUUACCUAUUUCAAUGGCGAGGAGCUUGUCCAGGGCCCAAUUACAGUUAUCGGCACGGGAAACACGCCUUUCGAUCUUGUCGCUGCAAACACGACCUACCGGGAUAUUUUCUUCGACGCUCCGCUGGACAAACUCGUCGACGAAGACCCCGAUCAAGAUACAAACAACGAACUAGAGUCGAAGCUCAUCCCACGCUCAGACGCAACCAUAGAAUCCACAGAUCUGGGUCAAGGCCAGUCCGGCAUGCCAGCAGUCAUUACAGCAAACACCUUCAAUUCCACAAACAGCUUUUACGCCUCCGUCUCAUUCCGGCAGGCCAUUGGGUUCCCCUGGCCCUUCCACUUCACGCAGAGCCAGAUGGAGCUGAUUCGUCGCCACGUGCGCAUCGCGCAUCGACAAGGCUUGAAGGUCCGUUACUGGGCGCUGCCGAGUUGGCCGCGAAGUCUGCGCAAUCACAUCUGGCGUGUGCUUGCGCAGGAAGGUGUUGAUAUUCUCAAUGUUGAUGAUUUGGUCGAUGCUACGAAAGGAGACUGGAAUACCGGGGUUUUUGAUUGGUGGCCGUGA